AUGAAUUCCAAAAUGGAGUUCACGGAUCGAGCCAAGAAGGCUUUGGAGGACGCCAUGGCCCUGGCAGAGCAAUACGCACACAGCCAACUCCUUCCAGUCCACCUGGCCGUGUCUCUUCUUGAGCCACCCCCAGAUCAGUCCAAGGAUCAGCAGAAUGGCCCUACCUCUAUCAGCAGCACCCUCAUGCGGCAGGUCAUCGAGCGAGCACAUGGUGACCCACAACUCUUCGACCGGGCCCUCAAGAAGACGCUCGUCCGCCUGCCCAGUCAGGACCCACCCCCGGAGAAUGUCUCCAUGGCCCCAUCAUUCAACACCGUCCUCCGCAAGGCCACGGAGCUGCAAAAGGUCCAAAAAGAUACCUACAUCGCCGUCGACCACCUCAUCACCGCCCUGGCUGAGGACUCUGCCAUAGCUAACUGCCUAAAGGAGGCAAAUAUCCCCAAGGCAAAGCUUGUGCAGGAUGCCGUACAAGCAAUCCGUGGCACAAAGCGGGUAGACUCCAAGACGGCUGACACCGAGGAGGAGUCUGAGAACCUGGCCAAGUUCACCAUCGACAUGACCGCCAUGGCACGGGAAGGCAAGAUCGACCCCGUCAUCGGCCGUGAGGAGGAGAUCAGGAGAGUCGUCCGCAUUCUGUCCCGUAGGACAAAGAACAACCCCGUCCUCAUUGGCGAGCCAGGUGUCGGCAAGACAACUGUCGUCGAGGGUCUGGCGCAGCGGAUCGUCAACGCCGAUGUGCCCGACAACCUGGCCCAGUGCAAACUGCUCUCGCUCGACGUCGGUGCUUUGGUUGCUGGCAGCAAGUACCGGGGUGAGUUUGAGGAGAGGAUGAAGGGCGUCCUCAAGGAGAUCCAGGAGUCCAAGGACAUGAUUGUGCUCUUCGUCGAUGAGAUUCACCUUCUCAUGGGCGCCGGCUCCUCAGGAGAAGGAGGAAUGGACGCUGCCAACCUGCUGAAGCCCAUGCUUGCCCGUGGUCAGCUGCACUGUAUCGGUGCCACAACACUGGCUGAGUACCGCAAGUACAUCGAGAAGGACGCUGCCUUCGAGCGUCGUUUCCAGCAAGUCGUCGUCAAGGAGCCCUCGAUCCCCGAGACUGUUUCGAUCCUUCGAGGGUUGAAGGAGAAGUACGAAGUCCACCACGGUGUCAACAUAGCCGACGCUGCCAUUGUCUCCGCUGCAAGCCUAGCGGCUCGGUAUCUCACUUCUCGUCGUCUGCCAGAUUCUGCCGUCGAUCUCAUCGAUGAGGCGGCAGCUGCUGUGCGAGUGGCGAGAGAGUCUCAGCCUGAGAUCAUCGAUAGUCUCGAGCGACGACUGCGACAACUGAAGAUUGAGAUCCACGCUCUGACGCGCGAGAAGGAUGACGCGUCCAAGGCUCGUCUGCAGCAGGCCAAGCAAGACGCUGCAAAUGUCGAGGAUGAGCUGCGCCCUCUGCGUGAGAAGUAUGAGAGCGAGAGGAAGCGUGGCAAGGACAUCCAGGAGGCUAAGAUGAAGCUUGACCAGCUAAAGGUCAAGAUGGAGGAAAUGAGCCGAAUCGGUGACCACGGCCGAGCUGCCGACCUGCAGUACUACGCCAUUCCCGAGCAGGAAGCUACUAUCAAGAAGCUCGAGAAGGAGAAGGCUGCCGCAGACGCUGCCUUGCACGCCAACCCAAUGGAUGGCGGCGGCUCCAUGAUCACCGAUGUCGUCGGACCUGACCAGAUCAACGAGAUUGUUUCCCGCUGGACCGGAAUCCCAGUCACCCGCCUCAAGACCACUGAGAAGGACAAGCUGCUCAAGAUGGAGGGUGCGCUUGGCAAGAUCGUGGUCGGCCAAAAGGAGGCUGUCCAGGCUGUUUCCAAUGCCAUCCGUCUCCAGCGCUCGGGUCUCAGCAACCCCAACCAGCCACCUAGUUUCCUGUUCUGUGGUCCAUCUGGAACGGGUAAGACGCUGCUUACGAAAGCUCUUGCUGAGUUCCUUUUCGACGACUCUAAGGCCAUGAUUCGGUUCGAUAUGUCUGAGUACCAAGAACGACACGCACUCAGCCGGAUGAUCGGCGCCCCGCCCGGCUACGUUGGGCACGACGCAGGCGGCCAACUGACUGAGGCCCUUCGUCGCAAGCCUUUCUCCAUCCUCCUCUUCGACGAGGUCGAGAAGGCGGCGAAGGAGAUUCUCACAGUCCUGCUACAACUCAUGGACGACGGUCGCAUCACUGAUGGCCAAGGGCGUGUUGUCGAUGCCCGCAACUGCAUUGUCGUCAUGACAUCCAACCUCGGUGCCGAGUACCUGGCUCGUCCCAAUGCCAAGGAUGGAAAGAUCGACCCGACUACUCGAGAGCUUGUCAUGAACGCCCUGCGGAACUACUUCCUACCUGAAUUCCUGAACCGCAUCAACUCGACAGUCAUCUUCAACCGCCUCACCAGGAAGGAGAUUCGCAAAAUCGUCGACCUACGCAUCAGCGAGAUCCAGAAGCGUCUCAACGACAAUGACCGAAAUGUGCGCAUUUCGGUAUCCGAGGAAGCCAAGGACUACCUCGGCAACGCCGGAUAUUCGCCUGCCUAUGGUGCUCGGCCGCUGUCUCGUCUCAUUGAGAAGGAGGUUCUCAACAAGCUGGCUGUGCUCAUUCUCAAGAACAACAUCCAGAACGGCGAGACUGCCCGUGUUGAACUGAUUGACAACAAGAUCACUGUCCUUCCAAACCACGGCGAUAGCGAUUACUCAGACUCAGAGGAGAUGUCAGUGGAUGACGAGGAAGAUGCCGUGGAGGAGAUUGUCGGGGAUGACAUGGAUGAGGACAUUUACGACUAA